CAAUGUUUUGCGAGCGGUGCGGCAAUUGCUAAACAUUUUCAAGAACGUGUGAAUCGUUCAACCUAAUAUUAGUUAUUGUUAAAAAACAACAACGUUACAUGAAUCUGUUUAUAAAUACGAAAAAGAGCACACUAAUCACUGUGUAAAUUAAAAAUCAAUUUGUGUCCUUAGUUCAAGUGCCAAUCAAAGGAAGGCAAAAUUUAACGCAACAGUCAGCAGAACUGUGCACUGAGCGAAAAUAGCAGUGAAAUAACACAGACAAAAUGGUGAACGUAAUAGACGGCAGCGCGAAGCAUGCGCCGCAGGAAAUGGAACAGUUCCUGCCCGGCGACGGUACCAACAAAUACAAGAUUCAGCCACGCAAAUCAGAUGCCGAGCAGGCCUUGGCUAACAAUGAUUUCGAUCCGUUCACAAUGCGCGAAAAUGAGCAUCCCACUACUGAUAAUGAAACUUUGACGCAUUUGCUGAAGGCCUCAUUGGGUACUGGCAUUUUGGGCAUGCCAUUUGCGUUUAUGUACUCGGGCUUGGUUAUGGGCAUCAUUGCCACCAUCUUCACUGCCUUUAUCUGCACGCACUGCAGUUACGUGCUGGUCAAAUGCGGUCACAAGCUGUACUAUAAGACUCGUCGCACCAAGAUGACAUUCGCUGAAAUCGCAGAGGCUGCAUUCCAGAAGGGUCCAAAGAGCCUGCGUGGCUUUGCGCCCGUGGCAAAGUUUUCCAUAUUGUUUGGCUUGUUUCUGACCUAUUUUGGCACCUGUUCCGUCUAUACGGUCAUUGUAGCCAAGAACUUUGAGCAAGUGCUGGUGCAUUGGCUGGGACGCGAUAUUGAGCCACGUGUGAUCAUCUGCAUAAUGCUCGUGCCAUUGAUCUUGAUUGCCUGGGUGCCCAAUCUCAAGUACCUCGCGCCCGUUUCGAUGGUUGCCAAUGUAUUCAUGGGUCUCGGCUUGGGCAUCACAUUCUACUAUCUGGUCCAGGAUCUGCCACCAAUUGAGGAACGUUCCCUGUUUACUCUGUCUACCUUGCCCGCCUUCUUCUCCAUAACUAUUUUUGCCAUGGAAGCAAUUGGUGUGGUCAUGCCGCUGGAAAACAAUAUGAAGACACCAAAGAACUUCCUUGGCAUUUGCGGUGUUCUCAGCCAGGGCAUGUCAGGUGUUACACUGAUCUACAUGCUCCUCGGCUUCCUUGGCUAUCUGCGCUAUGGCAACGAAACCGGCGAGAGCAUCACAUUGAAUCUCCCCAUCGAGGAAUGGCCUGCCCAGGCCGUGAAGGUAUUGAUUGCCCUGGCUGUCUAUUGCACAUUUGGACUGCAGUUCUUCGUGUGCCUGGAGAUUGUCUGGGAUGCCAUCAAGGAGCGCUGCACCAAGCGUCCAAUAUUCGUCAACUAUGUGCUGCGCACCGUUUUGGUAACUGCUGCUGUAGUGCUGGCCAUUUCAGUGCCAACCAUAGCGCCAUUUAUGGGUCUUAUUGGCGCCUUCUGCUUCUCCAUACUCGGCUUGAUCUUUCCGGUUAUCAUUGAGCUUGUUGUGCACUGGGAUUCCGGGUUUGGUCCUGGCAAUUGGAUACUGUGGAAGAAUAUCAUCAUCAUGUUGUGCGGCGUUGGCGCCCUUAUCUUUGGUUCACUCUCAGCCAUUCAGGACAUCAUGAAGGUUUACAGCGGAUCCACGGAAGCCCAAUAAAUUGGGCAAAUGAGAAUAUAUGGAAAUAAUCUACUGUGCAUAACACAAAAAAAAAAAUAACAACAAAAGAAUCGUAAUGCAAACAGUGCUAUACCUAGGGAUGUAUAUUUAUAUAUAUAUAUAUAUUUAUAUCUAUAUAUAUAUUUACUAUAUACACUAUUCGUAUACCAUUUGAUGAGAAAUAUACUUUUUAGUGUAGUUUGUAGCAGGAGCCGGCCGGGAUUAGCUCUGUUUAUUUCCUAGAAAUCUAACUAUUGUUAGAUGUAAAAAAAACAACAAAGUAAUAAAACUGCGCCCACAGUUUGUACAUUUUUCAUGAAAGAAGAAGCGCAUAGCUAAACUAUUAGUACACCUAGUUUUAACUAUAUAUUCGAGUGCCUAACUAGCACACACACAGCACCAAAACUGUCCGUUUUAGCACGUUUUAGUACACAUGCGAAUGCAAUUAUAUAAAGAAAAAUGAGAAAAUAGCUUAAACUUAAAUGUAUAUUAAUUGUUGAGUACAUUUUAGUACCAAUUCUAUAAAGUUAACUAGCUUAAAAGCUCAAGGAUUGAGACAUACACAUGAAAGUUUUAUUGAUCUUAGUGUAAAAUCGCAACGAGCUAAACAGAUUUUGAUAGCACUUUCUUCCUCUUCCUCUGUCCGUCUAUUUCACUCGCUUUCUCUCUGUUCUAAAAGAGUAUUACGAAAACAUAAACAAAAAGAAAAACCAAAAUUUGCAAACAUUUACAAUAUUUUUUUAGCAUGUUUAGUUUAUAAGCAAUACGAUUUGGUUCUAGGUCUCCUUGAGGCCUUGCAAGCCAUUCAAAAAAAAAAAA